GGGAAUCGAGGCAGGAUGGCGCCACUGGAGCAGCAAGGGGACAGAUUCACAUAUGAAGAUUAUCAGACCACGGCACAGUGGCUUCUGUCCCACACCGAGCACCGGCCUCAAGUGGCAGUGAUCUGUGGUUCUGGGUUGGGAGGUCUGGCUGAUCGAGUAACUCAGGCCCAGAGCUUUGACUACAGUGAGAUACCAAACUUCCCCCGAAGUACAGGUACUGGCCAGGGGGAGGGAGGGAGGGGACUGAGGGAUAUUGAUGCGAUUCUGAUGGGAGGGCAAUGCUUCUGUGCCUGGACCUGGUUAUUCUCUAUAGCACUUAUCAUGCUGAUCCGUGAUCACAUCAACCUGCCUGGUUUCUCUGGUCAGAACCCUCUCAGAGGCCCCAAUGAUGAAAGGUUUGGAGUUCGUUUCCCUGCCAUGUCUGAUGCCUAUGACCGGGAUAUGAGGGAGAAGGCUCAUGUUGUCUGGAAACAAAUGGGGGAGCAGAGAGAGCUGCAGGAAGGCACCUAUGUGACGCUGGCAGGCCCCAACUUUGAGACUGUGGCAGAGUGUCACCUGCUGCUGAAGCUGGGGGCGGAUGCUGUUGGCAUGAGCACAGUUCCAGAAGUGCUAGUUGCAAGGCACUGUGGACUUCGAGUCUUUGGCUUCUCCCUCAUCACCAACAAGGUCAUUACGGAUUAUGAAACCCAUGAGAAGGCCAGUCACGAGGAAGUACUAGAGACCGGGAGACAAGCGGCACAGAAACUGGAACGGUUCGUCUCCAUUCUUAUGGCCAGCGUUCCACCGCCUCGCAAGGCCAGUUAACCAGCCCUGGAGUGGUUUGUCCUCUCCCUUAUGGCAUCCAAGUAGCUGCUACCUGCCUUGUCCCUUUGCUGUGUCCUGUGCCUCUGCCCUUAGGCAGUAGCAGACCAGAAAGAAAGACCCCUAUCGUUCACUUUCCCCGCUUCUCCCAGCAGACCUUCUGGUGCUGGGUCCUCUUUUGCUCCACGAUCUUCUCAGAACAGUUCUUCCCCAAGAGCUGGAGCCCAAGCCCUCCCACACAUCCAUGGAUAUGCCCAGGAUGUGACUUGCACCCUUGAACUUGGCACAGUAACUGCUCUAGCUUUUUGAGAUGAUGCUCUCACAUUCCUGGGGGCUCGGUUCUGAGUCCCCUAAAGCACAGGAGACCAUGUGAGGACCAGCCCAAUGCCUCUUGGACUUUAAUACUAUCAUACUUUGAGAA